GAAAAAAAAUAAAGAAUCUCACAUGCUGUAACUGACAAUAUGCUCUCCACCAGUCCUUCUCAUCCACCACCACUCUGCUGUGCCAAUCAUUCCUACGAUGGCAUGAAGUUUGAGGUCUGAAUAAGCUUAACUAUCCAUUGCUGUGAAACUAAGAAUGGAAAUUGAAGAACAGAGUAAUACCAACCGGAAAGGUAAUGAUUUUGAUGAGGAGCGGGAUCAAUCUAACACCGACAAAGAACAGGAUGGGGUAGUUCAUGAUUUUGCUGAUAAAUAUGAUGAUUCUCGUGCUGAAAAAGAACAAAGUAAGAUACAUGAUGAAGGUGAUAAUACAUGUUUAUCUGGUUCUUUGGUGGGUCUCAAGAGAGAAAAAGUUGAAGAUAUAUAUGAUCUAUAUUGCAAUCAUGCUCUUGAAAUUGGGUUUAGAGUUAGAAGAUCAACUUCAAAAUAUAAUGUUGCUGGGGUGUUGGUUCAGAAAUGGAUGGUGUGCUCAUGUGAAGGAACUAGAAAGGGUAGAACCCCUAGUUCAACAAAUGAAGGAAAAAAUAAAACUACAUUCAUCACACGAACAAAUUGCAAGGCUUCCUUGAAGGUAAAACUGAAUGCAGAUUGUUUGUAUGAAAUAGUUGAUCAUAACACAGAACAUAAUCAUCCACUUUCUAGAAAAGAAUGGAGUUACAUGCAUUGUUCUCAAAGACCAGUUAACACUGAGAAGGCUAUUGUUAUUGAUGAUAUGAUCUCUUCUGAAACCAGACAAGUUGAUUCACUUAGAUACAUGGCGCAUGAUGUUGGGGGUGGCCAUGAGAAAAUAAAUUCAAUAGGAGGGGAUGCACAGGAGCUAAUUGACAAUUUAUACCAACAAGGUGUUGAAGAUCCAGAGUUUUUUUUUAGAAUUAAGUUAGAUGAUGGCGGCAGAAUAUGUAGUAUUUUUUGGAGAGACUCGAGGAUGAAAGAGGACUAUAUGAUAUAUGGAGAUGUUGUCGUCUUUGACACAGCAUAUAGAACUAAUAAGUAUAAUUUGAUUUGUAUACCAUUUGUUGGGAUAAAUAACCAUUGGAAAAAUGUUAUGUUUGGUUGUGCAUUUAUGACAAAUGAGAAGACUGAGUCAUUUGAAUGGUUAUUUGAGGUUUUCAAGAAAUCUAUGGAGGGUCAAAGUCCUAUGACAUUGUUUACAUAUCCAGACCAAGCAAUUGGGAAUGCAAAGAAAAAGGUUUUUCCUACGACGAUGCACAGGCUGUGCAUAUGGCAUUUGUACCAAAAUGGAGUAAAUGAGUUUGAGAAAUUAAAAGCUAACAAGUUCUUCCAUGAUGCAUUUCAGAAGUGUGUAACUGGGUGUAGAAAUGGCGAUGAAUUUGAGAAGUGUUGGAGGUCCAUGGUUUCAAUCUACGGAUUACAAGACAACUCUUGGUUUAAAAGGUUGUAUGAUUUAAGACAUAAGUGGUCCGCUGCAUACAACAAUGAUAUCUUUUCUGCUGGGAUUCUAUCUUCACAAAAAAGUGAAAGCAUAAAUACUACUAUAGGAUUCAAUGCAAAAGAGACAGCCAACUUGAAUGAUUUGUGUAUCAUCUUUAAGAAUAUAGUCGAGCGUUGGAGAAGCAACGAAAGGAAUGAUGAACUCCAAUGUUCAAGAGAAAAGCCUACCUCGUGCUUACCAUUGACUGGAUUUCUCAAGCAUGCGUCUGAGGUGUAUACUCAGACCAUUUUUAAAGAUUUUGAAAAAGAAUUCCUGAAAUCCAUUUCCACCUCAAUCAGGUUCUUGUCUGAAGAACAUGAUGUUAAACUUUAUCAUGUAACCGAGGCUGAUGAGAUCACAUCUUACCAAGUGAAUUUUAAUGCGGUGGAUUUUUCAGUAAGUUGCUCAUGCAAGAGAUUCGAAGAAUGUGGACUAUUGUGUUGCCAUUGCUUGAGAAUUAUGCAUGUUCAUUCUAUACCUCAAAUACCAGAGUGCUAUAUUAAGAGAAGAUGGACAAAAUUCGCCAAACAAGAUUUAUGGGAUAAAUCUGCAUCAGGGAUGUUUGAGAAAGAUAAAAGUGCAGCUACUUGGAGACAGAAAAUGGUGAAAAAGUAUUACAAUCUUGUUCUAAGGGACCAAGAAAAUGAAGAGGCAAGAGCAAUCAUUGAGGAUGGAUUGAAUGCUAUGACAUCAGCUCUUGAGGCAUUGGAGACUACAUGGCAAACAAGGAAUGCAACGGAUGAAACUGAAAUUUCAAGCUCAUAUUAUGAUAUGUUGGAUCCUUCACAUUCGAAGGGACGAAAACAAAGAAUAGAUCAUCUCCAGAAAAGUAAGAAGAAGAAGACUAGUGAUGCAUCAGAUUCCAAUCAAUGAAAAGAAGUUUGGCACCAGAACUCCUAAUUAGACAUUAUUUUUUGAAGUAGGCUUGGUUGAGGAAUCAUGGUGCAAGCAAAUUUUAAGAUAUUUGUUUUAUCCAACAAUUAUUUCAUGUUUUUUGCAGAGGCCUUCUGUUACUCUUCUAUACCAGUGCAUUUUAAGCAUAUGGCUAAAAUUUUGAGCUCGAAGCCCUCAUUUUAUAGGCUCAUAAUAAAAUAAAUGCCUUUAAUCUUAGUGAUAAUGUUACUUUUGUUCGGGAUAAUUGUCAAUUUGUCACUUUUAUUACUUAUAGGAUAAUCCAUAUUUUCAUUAUUUUGUCUUAGGAUACAAAGAUGUUUUUGUAAUUUAGU